UGCUACAACAAUGGCGUUUCGUACUGCUUUACGGAGAAUGAGCUCUUCAUCAGUUCUUUUCUCCAACUUACUCAACAAUGCGCCUUCUUCACGAGGACUUACUGGUUCGCUUGCACCGUUAACUUCUCGUUUCUUAAGCUACGCAGGUAGUGUUUCUGUUACGGAUUCCAAUGAAGAAAGCUUCAUCAUCAAUGCCUGUGGAGGUUCCUUUGUUCGAUCUGAGCAGUUCCCUAUUCAACGCGGUGUAUGUGAUGUAUACAUGUUAAAUCCGUUUCAAAUUUCUGGACCUUGUGGGGCAUACGAGGCGAAGAAUAUAGAUGAGGGGAUGUACGUGAGAAUGGAAAUGCCGGGAAUUAAUAAAGAAGACGUGAAGGUGUUGAUUUCGUAUGGGACUAUCAUCAUAAAGGGUGAAGGAAAGAAGGAGUCUACGCAUGAGGAAAGCGGAAGAACCUACAGUGCUAACAUUGAAAUCCGUUCGAAUUCGUAUCAGGCUCAGUUUAUGGAAGCAAAUAUGAAGAAUGGUGUUCUUAGGAUGCUAAUCCCCAAGUCUAAGACUCCUCAGGAGGUGACUGGUUCUUAUGAGAGAAAAGUUAAGUAAGUUUGCUUUGGAAUAUCAUUUCAUUGAUCUCAUUA